AUAGAUAUAGACCGUAUUCUCUUCGGGCAAUCAAUACCUAAUUCAUUUGGUGCUCAGUUUCCAUCUCAGUACAUACAAAGCACUACUUACUCUUGCCGUCCCGUAUUUCCAAUCACUGCAGAUUCGAACUGUCGAGUUGGCCUCGGAGCCACAUCGGCCUAACCCCUACAACCACCAUCUCGAUAUCCGUUGUGCAAAGUAGGGGGAAUCCGCGAAAAGGACCAGGAAACGUGAAUCCAGUCAAUCCAACGACUUUACCUACAGCAAAUCGUGCCAGCUACUUAAUCAGCAACCAGAUCGACAAGUUAGCUGCGAGCCAACCACAGCUUCUACGUCUCGCUGUCGCCACCGCUGUCGUUGUGCGAGACUGGGAACGGGCGACGGGCGAUAGGGGCACCGGCAACAGCGACGGCAACGGGCGACAGCGACGGACGACAACGAUGGACAACACCCCCCGUCUACCGUCUCCCAUCUCGCCGUCCUCUGUUUUUUAUCCCCCAUUGCACCCCAAAACUACCCCGCCCCUUUUCCGCCCGCCGUCGCCCUUCGGCUGUCGCCCGUUCCCCUUUUCCACCAGUCCCCGUUCGCCCAUCGCCCGGUCCCGUCGUUGUGGCCUCUGCAUGCCACCCGACCCCAUUGCUGUUGCCGUCCCGUCGCCGUCCCUGUCGACCCGCCCUGACCUUUGCCUAGCGAAGCUUGACGCCAUUUCCCUUACGAGUAAGCGACUGUUCGAGCAAACUGAUCCCACGUCCACGCCCGACCUAACACUUGCAUAGUAGUAGAUACGAGCAGCAAAUGAAUCGGGUUCCUAAGUAGGAAGCGAUUGAGUACAAGUAGUUAGAUUCCACGUAGGCAACUAGUUGACUGGGAGAUUGAGGUUGGUUUGAACGUUUGGAAGCCCUCAAGGUAGAGUGGUGUUGAUUGGGCCAUUCGAGCCACUUUGAUGAGUU